AUGGAGAAAUUUCUCCAGGAGCUGGAAUGGUUCGUAUCCGUAAGGUCGAUCGAUGCCAGAUUGGAGCCCUCGCCGGAUUUUAAAUCACGUCAGGCAAUUUUGAGAAGCAGCAGCAAUUCCAAACUUUCCAAUAUGAAUGCGGAUGGUGGUAUUGUGAAGGGCAAAUACGGGUUGGCUACUAGACCUGCGCUAUGGCAUACAUGGGAAUUCAGAUUCUACUAUUUGGCGUUUAUUGUGGUCGUACCAUUGAUGUUUCGAGCAGCAUACACAGCCAGUAGCGAAAGUAAUCCAAACUACUACAAAUUCGCUGGCUAUCUAUCAGAUGGUUGGAUUUUUGGAAGAAAAGUCGAUAAUAGUGAUCCUCAAUACAAGUUUUUCAGAGAUAAUAUGCCAUUGCUUGUGGGAUUGAUGCUGAUGCAUACAAUGAUCAAAAAAAUUUCUUGUUACGGGUUUGGAAUCGAUAAGUUAAAAUUUGAUUUUGUAUUCGGUUUUAUUUUCCUAUUCCUUUGUCACGGCGUCAACUCGCUUAGAGUGCUUGCUCAUUUGAUAAUAAUGUUCAGUAUUGCUCAUAUUUUUAAGAGGAAUAGAAGAUUUGCCGUUGCAUCAUCAUGGGCCUAUGGUAUAGCAUCUCUUUUCAUUAAUGACAAAUAUAGAAAUUAUCCAUUCGGAGGUAUUGCUAAAAUAUUAGCUCCGUUGGACAAUGCCUAUAAGGGAAUAAUACCUAGAUGGGACGUUUUCUUUAAUUUCACUUUACUAAGAAUGAUCAGUUAUAAUAUGGAUUUCCUAGAAAGAUGGAGCAAUAGAGUACAAAAUACACAACCAGCUUCAGCUAUGGAGGACGAUGUUCGCCCAGAUUUGAAAAAAAGAUCUUCAACACCUACUUUGGAAACAAUACAUGAAUCUGGUAAAAACUCAAUAUUAGAUGAAAGAUCUAGACUCAUAGCACCACAUCAUAUUCAAGAUUACAAUUUUGCUAAUUACAUCGCAUAUAUCGCCUAUACACCGCUUUUAAUCGCGGGUCCAAUUUUGACAUUUAAUGAUUAUCUGUAUCAAAGUAGAAACACGCUACCGUCAAUCAACAAAAGGCAGAUUGUUUCAUAUGCUAUAAAAUUGGCAGUUUCAAUUCUUACGAUGGAGCUCGUACUGCAUUAUAGCUAUGUCGUAGCGAUAUCCAAAACGAAGGCAUGGACUGGGGACACACCUUUUCAGGUAUCUAUGAUAGGGUUGUUCAAUUUAAACAUCAUAUGGCUCAAGCUUUUGAUUCCAUGGAGGCUUUUUAGAUUAUGGGCGUUUAUUGAUGAAAUUGACGCACCAGAAAACAUGGUUCGUUGCGUUGAUAAUAACUAUAGUGCACUGGCAUUUUGGAGAGCUUGGCACAGAAGUUAUAAUAAAUGGAUCGUACGCUAUAUUUACAUUCCUCUUGGUGGAUCGAGAAGUAGAACCUUGACAUCCCUAGCAGUGUUUUCUUUUGUGGCUAUUUGGCAUGAUAUACAGCUAAAACUUUUGCUAUGGGGUUGGUUGGUUGUCUUAUUUCUUCUUCCCGAAAUGGCCGCAACCCAGUACUUUGCACGCUACAGGAACAAAUCAUGGUACAGACACUUAUGUGCUUUUGGCGCUGUCAUUAAUAUUUCCUUAAUGAUGCUAGCUAAUCUUUACGGAUUUUGCUUGGGUUCAGAUGGAACGAAAAGCUUCUUGAGCGAAAUGCUUGGAACAAGUUCUGGUCUUCAAUUCGUUGGCCUAGCCAGCUGUGCCUUGUUUAUUGCUGUACAAGUCAUGUUUGAAAUAAGAGAACAUGAAAAGAGGCAAGGAAUCAAUUUAAAAUGCUGA